AGACAAAGGUCGUAUCUCUAGCUGUCAAAUGUAGACUAGAAAUGUUAUCGACUGUGCUUUGAGGCCCAUCGGGCCUAUUCGGUCUUACCGGGCCCGCUGAACGUCACCCACACAUUUUUUCUUAUACACGCUUUUCCCUAUACCUUCAUUUCCCUCAACUACGGUACUGGCUUGUCCGUAUUUCCGCUCUCAGGUACCCCAAUUUCGCUCGCCGGGACUGAGCGGCAAAACGCAGUGGGAAUAGCCCAUUAUUCCCAGUGCGUUUUGCUGCUCAGUCCCGAUUACACGGGCGCUGCCACUCUUUAAUAGUAUCUCCUCGGUGUGCGAUGCAAGCAUACCAUCGAUAAGUCACAUAUGUACGUUGAAUCAUGCAACGAGAUUAGAUUGCGUGCGUAUCUUCAACGAAAAUUGGAGCGCCGCUCCACGAACCCGCUUGGCUAUUGUGCGCGUUGUCACAACGAUCUCGCCUAUUUACUUUGCAUCUUCUCUUUCAGGUAGCGAAAUCCUUCGAGGCAGAAGCGAAACACCGUCGAGGGGAACCGCACGCAACAGUUCGCACGAGGACGAAUAAAAACUGAGCGAGAUGACUCACAUGCUUCUGCAAGAGCCCGGAUGGAAGAUCGAGCGCAAGGGUUCGGCGCUGCUGCUACGAAGGGACAGCUCGCACCUGAAGAGCGGCCGAGUCUGUUUCCGCUGCGACGUCGAAGUUCGCGAAUUCGAGCGUGACGAGGAUUACAUGGUCGAGGCGGAACCGGAGACAGCUGCCAGCCCGUUGGCGAUGUGUGCCAGUUGCCUGGCGGCUCUAUGCGUGACCGUGAUUCUCCCGUGGUUGCUGAUCGGCGGUUAAACACGCCUCGGCUCGUGAUCUCGUGGGGCUCGUUGGGGGGCGAUCGCGUGUACAGCGGAACGGAAGUCAUCCGACGAACCGUCGAGCAGAGUUCCUUAAGGAAUAGAUCUCUAUUGGACCACGAGAGACCUGAUGAUAAUGGAUCAAGUGGUCGAUACGAAUUCGUCGUUGGGGUUGGGGGUGUCAGCCUGGGAAUGAAUAAUUAAGUAGUAGUUCCUAAACGAUUUAAAAGAAGUAUUUGUGAUUUAUACGUCGCUGCGAGUAAGGGAGCGUUUUAUCGGGAGACGAGUCGUGGAUGUAAUAUUUUUCAAAGAGAGCUAUUGAUCCUAGCACUGAAAAAGUUUACGACCGGCUUUAUGCUUAUUCGCUGACCCGUGUCGGGUCUACGUUUCCACGUAGGAAAGUACGCGUUCCGAGACAAUGAAAAAAAAAAAAAAGGAAGAAGAACUCGGCUCGCUCGCGGUUCAAAUAGGUUUCGUGAAAGUCGGUAGAGAAAACUGCGGACUUUCUGCAUAGAUACGCGAGACGAGAGGAACAUCAAAGGCGGAACGGUAUAUUCGAGCGUGCAUUAAACCUCCUUACCAUUCGUUUGACGAUAUCGACGAAUCCUCUGGCCUCUGGAACGGAGGCGACCCUGUGCCAAACGAGAGAGGCAGAACUCGAAAUAUUCGCAAAAAACCUUUCGCGAUUCGCGGUCCGCUUGCUUUGCACACGCGUCUAUACAGAUACACUAGCGAACGUGCGCUAGCUGCGUCGCAUCGGCUUAAAAGCGAUGUACAUAUGUAUACAUUUUUCUACGUUUCAUCCCAUCGAUCGGUGCAUCCCGCUUGAACGAGGAAAUAUAAUGCAACGCGCGACCUUCUUUCCCAGCUUUGGUUCUCCGAACCAUAAUUGCACGGUCGAUCAAUUAAAUAUUUUACCCCGGACGAUCGGUAAGACCGGUAAAGUUCCCGACGCGAAAUCAGCAAAUGGAAAAGUUCCGCGGUGGAAAUCGACGGGCGUAUUGAGAAAUCGAGCGAAGUUUCGAGUUCGAAGGCCGUAGUCACAGACCGUUACUCGCUUAGAAGAUCCGGAUCGAAUAAAUUUCGGUAAGGGAAAUAACUUGGGAAAUCGCGAGUCGAGUUGCCUACUCACGAACGAUUUUUCCAAGUCGAACGUAGAAUAGAGUGAGUCACAAAUUUACAUCGGCCUGUUUGCUGUCUCAAGGAUUGUUUACAUCGAGGGAACCAAGUCGCUAGUCUAAAGAAAAGAAUGGAAGAGAGAAUGCGAGCGUGAAGAAACUCUGAUAACGUGAGAAUGAUUGAUUUCAGAGGUACACGUUCAGUGCACGUCUGAAGUAACAUGUAGACCUCUAUCGAACGAUUCCAAUCGAUCAAUGUAAAAUAAUAUUUGUUUAUGUUUCUAGUAAAAUUGUCUGAAUAAGUACA